AUGGAGAUGACCCCACUCGGCGCCGUAUGGUUGGCUUUGCUUUCGGCGAUCGUGGGCAUGAUGGAACAGUCUGAGCCAUCUCUUUGCUACAUCACCAAAGACAAGCUGGAGGCCGUUUGCCGGGGCCAGAGCCUCUUCUCUGUCCCCCAGGGUCUCCCCAUCACUCUGCAGUUGUUGGACCUCUCUUACAACAGGAUCCGACAGAUCAACUCUGGAGAUUUCUCAGCCCUCACCCAGCUGAAAGGCCUCGAUCUAAGUUACAAUAAUAUCGUCUCUGUUGCGACUGAUUCCUUCUCCUCAAACGUACUUCUGGAGCAGCUAAAUCUUUUCAACAACUCACUGGGGGAGAUUCCUUCGCAGGCUUUAAAGCCACUAAAACACCUGAGGGAACUGUUCCUGUCUAACAACCUUUAUCCCCGUUCAACGCUAGAUGGUGUGUUCAGCACGUUAAAUAAACUGGAAGAGCUCUCCAUGGGUGGGUCUGCUAUCCAGACAGUAGGCAGUCAGGACUUCCUUUCAAUAAAGGACAUCCCCUUGAAGAAGUUUGCCCUAAAAACAUCCUCCAAUUUGUUGGAGUAUCAAAAAGGAGCCUUCUCUAAGAUCAACACCACAGCUCUGUGGUGUGAUAUCUCACUGGACAAAAACACCAAGGCCUUGCCUCUGAUGCUUCAGGACUUGCAUGGGAAAUCACUACAAUACCUCCGUUUUCGAAAACUCUUUGAGUUCAUGUACUACAUGAAUACCACAGAUCUCUUUUCUGGCUUGGCAGAUGUAAAAGCUGAAAAGUUGGUCUUCUUCAGGGGAAAAUUUAAUGAGAACUUGUUACGCUUGGUCCUCCUGAAUGUUCAAAAGUCUCGUAUUCAGAACCUUUCGUUCAUAGCUAUUGAUUUUGCUCGUUCACCUGAAUGGAAGCCACCAGAAGCCAGCAUUGCCAAUUUGACCCUCCGCCAUUUGGUGCUGAAGGAUAUUAACAAUCCCGACAUCUUGCGUUUUGACUGGACCUUCACCUGGUUUGGUGGCGUGACUUACCUCUCUAUCCUCAAUGUCAACUUCAACGUUGUGCCCUGCGAUGCCUGGAGUGAGAUGAGGAACGUGGUGGCUCUGAAUGUUUCCAAAAACCGCCUGAAGAACAGCAACAUAUACAACCAGGCCUGCCUUUACCAGGACAUCCUACCCAAAUUGGAAGAUUUAAACAUGACCCGUAAUGAAUUGACCAACCUGCAAACAGUGGCCACCUUGACCUCAAGCUGGGCCCGACUGUCCAAAUUAGAUCUGAGCCACAAUCUAAUUGGAAGCUUGAAUGAGCUUCCUUGUAUCUGGACUCCCAGUCUUGUCUGGCUGGGCCUGGCUUACAAUACAGUUACCCGGGAGAUCUUUAAGUGUCUUCCCACCACACUGCGUUUCCUGGAUAUGUCGAACUCUCAGUUGGAAGGGCUCGAUAUGGGCUACUUCGAACAUGCUGUUGAUCUCCAAGAGCUGCUGCUGAGUGGGAACAAGAUCAAAUUCAUUCCCACAGAAUGGAAGUGCCCAAACCUGAGAACCUUGCACGUGGAUGGCAACUCCUUUGGGGCCAUCAACAAGGGCUCCUUUGAUAACAUGCCGUAUCUCGCCUAUCUGAAGGCUGGGAACAACCCUUAUCACUGUGUCUGUGACCUCUAUGGAUUCCUCCAGGAAGCCUUGAGAGAUGGCAAGCUAACACUGCUGGAUUGGCCCAGUGGGUGGACUUGUUACCACCCUGAACCUCUACUGCACACUUCUGUGGCAGCUUAUGCCCCAAGGGUGACAGAGUGUGACAUCACUGUGGUGGUGGCCAUCGCGGUCUCCAUCACAGCCACAGUGGUAAUUGUCUGCAUGGUGUUGUGUUGGAAGUUUGAUGUUCCUUGGUACCUCAAGGCCACCUUCCGCAUUGUCCGUUCUAAGUACCGGGCUGGCCACUCCCAACCAUCGAAACCGUUUGCCUUCCAUGCCUUCAUCUCCUAUAGCUGCUCUGAUGCCGAGUGGGUGAGGCGUGAGCUCCUCCAGCGGCUGGAGGCUUCCACACCUCCGUACCGCGUGUGCAUUCACGAACGGGAUUUCACGCCGGGCCGUUGGAUCAUUGACAACAUCAUCGAGAACAUUGAAAACAGCCGCAAGGUCAUCUUUGUUCUCUCGCGCAACUUUGUAGACAGCGAGUGGUGCAACUAUGAACUCUACUUUGCCCAUCAGCGGGCUGUGGGCUUAGGCUUCGAAGAUGUGGUUCUGUUGGUGAAGGAGCCCAUCGAUCCGCAAGCUUUACCCAACAAAUUCUGCAAGCUACGGAAGAUGCUGAGCACCAAGACUUACUUGGAGUGGCCUUUGGAACCCAGUCGGCAGCCCUUCUUCUGGCUCCAGCUGAAGUCCGUCUUGGGGAAGGCUGAGAUGGUCAAUAUGGAUCCCAGCAAUGCAGAUCCCAACAAUGCAGUUGUCAGUGACACUGAGUCAAAGUCAAAUGGGGUGACUGACAGUACCUUUGAGCUGGUUAAUCUAUCUGAGGAAGACAUCACUAUGGACACUAAAAUGAGCUAG